UGACCCUUUCUUCACAGCAGUAAUGGCAAGUUUGUUCAUAGCUUUACUCGUUUGGUUACUAAGUGUAAUUACACGAAACUAUUCACAGGUUGAUAGGCUUUGGACUAUCUUACCGGUGAUUUAUACUUGGCAUUUUGUUCUUUACGACUGUUUCAAAGAUUUAUCUGCAUGUAAUCUUGAAUGCCUAAAUGUACGUGGUGUUAUCAUGGGCAUUUUGGCAACGUUGUGGGGUGUGCGUCUUUCUUAUAACUUUAUGCGUAAAGGUGGUUACAGUUGGAACGGUGAGGACUACAGAUGGCCAAUAAUUCAACAGAAAAUGCAUUGGAUAGCGUUUGAAAUAUUUAAUGUUGUUUUUAUUUCAUUUUAUCAAAACAUUUUGCUGAUGUUAUUAUCAGCCCCGGCCUACUUAGUCUGGUCUAUUGGUGAUGAUGCACCUUUGAAUAUUUUGGAUCUGGUGUGCUGUAUAUUAUUUUUAGGAUUUUGGGUUGGUGAAUAUAUCGCUGAUGAACAGCAAUGGUAUUUUCAAACGGAAAAACGAAAAGUGAUUGCCGCCAGUAGUUCUAAAAAAAUACCUAUAAUACUUGAGAGUAAUUAUUCAUUAGGCUUUUUAUGUAAUGGACUAUUUCGUUAUUCUAGGCACCCAAAUUAUUUUUGUGAAAUUGGACUUUGGUGGACAUUCUAUAUUUUUUCAAUUGCUGCCGGUGGCAAAGAAUGGAUUCUCAAUUGGUCUAUAAUUGGCGUCAUGAAUUUGACAAUUUUAAUGUAUGCAUCCACCAUUUUUACCGAGGAUAUCUCGAAGAAGAAAUAUCCAAUGUAUAAAGAAUAUCAGAAGACUACUAGUAUGUUAAUUCCAUGGUUUCCAGGUCCUAAUCUCAUAAGGAAAACGACAUAA